CCGUUAAAGAGGUACCAUUAGCAGCGGUACCAGUACCGGUACCAGUGUCCAUAGUAAACAGUCAAGAUGGAGACCUAAGGCAAGGGGGCGGCCUGAGGAGGAUGUCACCCCGCCUCCCUAUUUCCUCAUAUCCCCGCAACACCUGACGUUUCACAAGGGCUCAGUCUCACACCUGAACCAUGGCCGCUGCAGCCGAGACGGAGCCGGAGAGCCGCAGGAGCCACCAGAACACUGACUGGGAGGAGUUUUGUGACAAGCAGGCGAGAAUGGCCGCCGUCAAGUUCGUGAGGUCCUGGAAGGUGUUCGUGGCCCUCCAGUCCCAGUUCAGGGACGUUGACCACAAGGACCUGGCGCAGAAAUUUGCCGAACUUUUCCCUGUCCACCUCGAGCACGCCCUCAAGAACCCCCCCAACGGCGUGAAGGUGCGGAACGGGGUCGGAGGAGGAGGUGUGGGCACUAGGUCGGCCUCAGCUGAUGACAUCCUGGAGGCGGCUGAGAGUGACGAGGGGGGCGAGUCUCCCUCCCCUAAGGUCACCCACAGGCCUUUCUUCCGCCGGCUGUCCUUUAAGGGGCUGAAGAAGGGCAAGAUAUUCCUUAAACAGCAUUCAGACGAGGUGGAGCUGUCACCCCACCACGAGAAGCAGGGCAAAGGGGACCGACCCAAGGCCCGCGUGGUCAAGGUGGCGGUGGAGUGCAUCAGGGAAGGCCCGGCACACCUCCUGGCCGGGGACACCCAGGAGGGCCGCCCCCACUGGCUCAAGUGUCGCAUGGCCCUGGUCAAAGUGGCGGCCGGACACAUGCUGGAGUUUUAUGCACCGCCCAAAAGUAUGAAGCCCCGCACAGGGGUGUUUUGCAUAUCAAUUAAUGAAGCUCGUGAGACCACAGACUUAGAGAUGCCGGACCUCAGAAACACAUUUGUCAUCAAGGCAGACAGUGGCAGCGAGUGGGUGGUGGAGGCCCAGGAUCAGGAGGACAUGAAGACUUGGCUCACCACCAUUGUUGCCCACUGCUGUGCCAACGACAAGGAACAGUCCAAAAACUAUGAGCUGCGACCAGCCAUGUACAGCGUAAAGAAUGAAUCAUCUCAGUCCCUUGCUGGGGGCGGGGAUAUACCAGAACGGCAGGAGCAUCCUCCAGACCUUCCUCCAAGGGUUCCCGGCACUACCUCUCCCAGUUCUCAGCAGGCUAAUAUUAUUGCAGCGAUGCAGAACAAUCUCUCCAUGCACUCCAGGUCUCAAAAUGGACUUGGAGACUAUUCCAAUGAAGAUGCAGUCAACCUCCGUGUGCCUCAAGAGGUGGACUUUUAUUCAACCCUUCGGGAUUACCCUUGGUUCCAUGGGACCCUCUCACGCUGUGAUGCUGCCUCAGCCGUGCUUCAGGAGGCAGUGGCGGGCCAUGGAGUAUUUCUGGUCAGACAAAGUGAAACCAGGAAAGGGGAAUAUGUACUUACCUUUAAUUACCAAGGGAGAGCCAAGCAUCUGAGAAUGACCAUCAACCCAGAUGGAGCUUGUAGGGUCCAACACCUGUCAUUUGCUACAAUAUUUGACCUAUUAGAAUACUUCCGUGACAACCACAUCCCCCUGGAGUCGGGAGGCACCUCGGAUGUCACCCUGUCUGAGUUUGUCAUUGCUGCUGAUUACUCGGCUCAGUCUAGCCAGGCUGGAACUGAACGCAGGCCACUCAACCUCCCUGACACUCGAGAGGUCACCACUCAUGGGGGAUCGGUGCGCAUGACCACCUCGGCACUCGAGCGACUCCAGUAUGAACAAAGCAACUCAGGCGGGUCCGCAGUAAGGGCUGUGGAGAACACUUACACAUUUACCUGAAGACAUCCUACCUGAAGCUUCUUAGGGAUCCUACUUAAUACUCAGUAAGUGACAAGUUUGAGUACUUAGUGUGAGUACAGUUGUGAGGCUCUUCAUGAGUGCUUUAACAUCACAGUAGUCUGGGGAAACAUGGAUGAGGGGUAACAAAGAGUGCUCAAGGUGUGUGAUAAACAGUGAAGUUGAUUUGCACAACUAAAUGUAUGUCUUGAAGGAUUCAAAGUUAUAAAAUUUGAAAUGUCAUGCAAGUGACAUCAUAAGAUUACCUGGUUUUCUGCAGGUUCAUAUUUGAUAAGUGCUGUAAAGAGCAUUUUUCAUUGAAUAUACUGGAUAAAAUAAUAGACUAACAAUUACAUUGAAGAUAAAGUUUGCUUUUUGAAAAUGUGUAAUAACUUUGCAAGACUUACUCUGCUAUAAAGUGAGUUGUGUUUAAUGUCAUGAAAUGGAGUUCUGCUUAAACUCUCAUGAAGUGGAGUUGUAAUUAGUGUGCUAUGAAGGGCAGUCAUGAUGCAGAGUGGGUUGUAAAUGAAUUGCAGUAGUGUUAAUCCAUUUGAAAAUAAUCAAAGGAGAAUAUCAUGAAUACAGUUCUUCCACUUUUAUAAUGAGCACAAAAGUCUAAUGAAUGAAUGAAACUGCUCAAAUGUAGUCAAUUCCUUCAUAGUAUUGACAUGAGUUUAAUUUUAAUACUGGCAAAGCUUCAGCUGUACCCUAAGGAAAGGCUCUUAUGAAGUCUUUCUUUGCUCACAGUUGUUCGUGUUAAAGCAUUUGCAGGCAGGUUAGUGCUGCUGUCAUUUGUUCAAGUUGCCUCACUUCACGAGAGAUGGCUCUGGACAUUAGAUUUGCACCAGAGGCUUCUCAGAUCUGUCUGGUUGUUAUGUGCAGUGUCUGCAGCUGAUGAGUCACAGAGGCAGUCUGAUUCUCAUUGAAGAUUCUAUUGUCCCACAGAUAUACUAUUGGACUCCUACAUAUUACUUGAUUUGCCAAGUGAAGUAGAUGUAUGCUUUUCAUUAGGAAUUGUCAUUUCUAUUCAGAAUGUGUUUAUGUUCUUUCCUAUUACGCCAAUCUCCUUCAGAAACUCGUAUUGAAUAAGUUGUAAUUUUCUGAGUGUUUAAUGUCUUUAUUUAAUGCAGCUUUUACAUUGUCCAGUAUGUUAUUUAUGUUGAGUGUGGUCAUUUCAUUUGCAGCCCUGUUCUACACCAAAAGUUGUGAUUGUACAGUGAAGUAGUUACUAAUAUGUGGUUGCAACAUAUUGUGCUGUAAUACUCUUAGACCAAGAUCUCAGUGUGAAUUUAGUUUAUACAUUGAUCCUCCACGAGCCUGUUGUGAGUACUCGUUCUGUUUGGUAUCCAUGUGCCACCCUUAGAACGGAAGCCACCGGGGAGUCCAGCGACAGGUAGCACAGACACAGACAUGGAUUGUUUUAAUCUAUUUUAUUUAAAUGUAAUUAAUGUAUGUAUAUAUGUAAAUAUUACGUUACUCUUUGAGCAAUUUAUUGCCUUCAUAACUAUCUUCAUUUCAAUAUAUAUAUAUAUAUAUAUAUAUAUAUAUAUAUAUAUAUAUAUAUAUAUAUAUAUAUAUAUAUAUAUAUAUAUAUAUAUAUAUAUAUUGUGUGUAUGUGUGUGUGUGGGCGUUCUCAUGCACAUUACCAUGUGUGUGAUGUGUAGCCAAUUUCCUCAAGGUCACAGUGUCAUUUAUUGUGGAGUUGUAGUAUGCUGUUCUAUCCUCCACAUUCUCAUUUAUAAUCUCUUAUUUCUUCUUAGGAAAAAGGAAUGUUUAUUGUUGGUGUCUGCAGCUGCCAGGAAAGUGUCUGGUGGUUGUGUUUGUUGUCUUUCACGGUGAGCAAGGUGCUUCAUGUUGGUGUAGCUAUUUUUAAAGAUAUUGUGAAAUUCUCUUUCUUGUGUCGACUGUACAAUGUCUUUUUUCUGGACAUUUAAUGAAGUUUUAUUUGAUCUUAAUCAUUCAAGAAAAACUAAAUUUUCACAAUAGUGACAGGUGUCACUGGUCAUAAUAGGCACACCCAACAUCACCACUUGAGCGGUACACACUAUGUGGAGGGACUGUUUGUGUCUUGGGUGAGGGGAGUGGGCUAAAGAGUAGCCUCUUGAUUUUUUUGUUUAUUUAUAUAUGACGCACGAAACAUACUAGAGUUAAAUCAAAGUAUGUGCUUAAUCAUUCAUAUACAUCCUGAUAAUAUUUCUUUGGUUUCUGAUUCACAAAAUUGAGUGAAAUUCUAGUGUAUUAACAAUCACAAAAUCUCUAUCACUAAUAAAACAAAGUGAUAAUGCAAGUUAUGUCCCAUGAAAUAAAUGGAAGCUCACAAAAGUCAGAAUAAGUGACAUCACCUGCUUUGUGUAGUAAGAACAUGUUUAUUUAAUAAUGUGAUACCUGCAACAUGGCAAGGACUGUAGCCAGUUGUACGAAAACAUCAAGUGACUUAGCGCAGGGAUUUUAGAUGUGAAAUGCUAAUGCAAAGAACAUGCCUGCACAUACAUGGAAUCUUUCUAACUGUAAGUCUUAUUCAUGGAAGAAAGUAGACACACAAAGUUGAUACCCAUGUAACAAUAGGCUGAAGGACAGGGCAACAUUUCCAUCCCAGAUAACACAGCCAUGGAGAUGAAAAUUGUUCAAAACGAAUGUAAAAAGAGGUGUGGUUUGGAGAGGAACAAAACCUUCAUAUGUCUGUCCCAAGCUUGUCAACUAAUGGCCCUUCCCAAGCACAGCCAGACCCAGAAUACUUUGCUUACUAUGACUGGGGAAGAUCACCCACACCCAGAAUGAAGAAUGUUAGGCAAAUCAGGCCUUUGUGUAGGUAAAUAUGUGGUGGUGUUUGGUGCCAGCUUCCAGCGCGUAGCUGCAGUUGUCAUACAAAAUAUGAGCAUAUUUUCAUAUUCAGAUUCUCUUGUUUAUUCAAUAUUUUCCACAAGAAAAAGAAUACUAAGGCUAAGGACCGUACUGAAUCCACAUCUUGUGUGGAGAUGUUAGGUGCACCUAUUGUGAGGUGAUGAAUUAAAAAACUGCAGAAUCAGCAUAAAAAGUAUUUGUGAUCAUUAUGUAGCAUAACUGAAAUGCUAGACCUUGGAAGGCUGUGUUAGCUAUGUUAUGCUCAUGUGGUGCAACAUUUUGGCAGCUGUUUGCUGCAUACAUUGGUCAUAUGCCUAAAAGCUGUUGGCAUUAGUAAACCUGUAGUCUAAGUGUGUGCAUGAGUGUGUAUUACCUAGUGAUAAACAGGAAAUGUGCUACGCUCAUGGGGUCCCAUCUAAGUCGUAAUUGGUCAGAUUUAGCCAAGCAUCUCAUUAUUAACUUCCUUUUAUGUCCUUUAGUUGCUCCUCCAUCCCAUACAGUCCAAUACAUCAGUUCUGUCUACUCACUUAAUUGCCCUGAACACUGCAAUCAUGUAACCUCUCUCCUUUCUUUUAAAGAUGGCCACCCCAAGUUUCCCAAUCUUUCCUUCUACAUUAAAUCUGUCAGACUAGGGACCAUCUUGGUUGUUACUCGUUGUAUUCUCUUGAUCUUGCUGAUAUGUUUUAUAUGGGGACCAUACCACUGCUGCGUAUUCCAACCUUGGAUGGAUCAAUGCCACUUUCAGUUUCUUCAUCAUCUCUUCCUUCAUGUAGUGAAAGGCCACUCUUAUAUUUGUCAACAGCUUAUAUGCCUUGCCAACAAUCCUGUUGAUAUGCUCUUCAGGUGAAUAGAAACCAAAUUCUUUGUUAU